UUGCUCCGCUGGUGAUUGCACAUAGAUUGUAAAUUUGUUGCUAAAUUUUCCCGUUGAAUGUGUGCUUGAGUCAUUCAGUUGUACCAAGUACUAAUUCCUCAUUUAUAACAUAAUUUUUAUAUCUAAUUCAAGACAAACCGUGCACACGUGUUAGAGCAGCCCGUUUACACCAACAAGAAUCAAUAAAUAUGGAUACAACUGAAUCUCCAGGUGUUGCAGAAGGUGUAGAUGCGCUGACUUUGAAUAACGUUGGCGAUACUAAAGUGGUGGAUAAAGUGCCGAACGGUGUGGAGGCUACCGAGGAUGAACGUGAUGUUGUAGAUCCGUGGAAUGUAACCAGCACCAAUGAUGAGGGCAUCGAUUAUGACAAGCUAAUAAAACGCUUUGGGUCUUCGAAAAUAGAUGAAGAGUUGAUAACACGCUUCGAAAAGAUAACAGGCAAACAAGUACACUAUUUUAUACGUCGUGGCAUAUUCUUCUCGCACCGUGAUUUUCAUACAAUUUUGACCCUAAAGGAACAGGGUAAACCAUUUUAUUUAUAUACUGGGCGCGGGCCAAGUUCCGGUUCAUUGCAUAUCGGGCACUUGAUACCAUUUUAUUUAUCUAAAUGGUUGCAAGAGACAUUCGAUGUGCCAUUGGUGAUACAGUUGACUGAUGAUGAGAAAUCACUGUGGAAGGAUUUGAAAAUCGAAGACGCUAUUAAAUUAGCGUACGAAAAUGCGAAAGAUAUAAUAGCCAUCGGUUUCGAUCCAGAAAAGACUUUUAUCUUCAAUGACUUGGAUUACAUUGGCAAAUGCCCUGCAAUGUAUCAAAACAUGAUACGCAUUCAAAAAUGUGUCACUUUCAACCAAGUGAAAGGUAUAUUCGGCUUCGGUGGUUCUGAUAUUAUUGGUAAAAUAUGUUUUCCUGCUGUGCAGGCAGCACCAGCACUCUCUAGUACGUUUCCUUUUAUAUUUACUGGAAAGAAGCCAGUACAUUGCCUCAUUCCAUGUGCAAUCGAUCAAGAUCCAUACUUUCGUAUGACACGUGAUGUGGCACCACGUUUGGGUUUCCCAAAAUGUGCGCUCCUCCAUUCGACCUUUUUCCCCGCACUUCAAGGUGCGAAAUCCAAAAUGUCUGCCAGUGAUCAGAAUUCAGCAGUAUUUCUUACCGAUACACCGAAACAAAUAAAGAAUAAAAUCAAUAAAUAUGCAUUUUCUGGUGGACGUGCCACUGUCGAGGAGCAUCGUAAAUUAGGUGGUAAUCCUGAUGUAGAUGUAGCAUUCCAAUUGCUGAAAUUUUUCUUGGAAGAUGAUGCCAAGUUGGAAGAGGUCCGUGUUGCAUAUUUGAAAGGUGAGCUGCUGACGGGCGAAUUGAAAAAGCUGGCUAUCGAAGUUGUUAGUCCAAUUGUGGAGGAGCAUCAAAAAGCACGGAAAGCUUUAACCGAAGAGAUGUUGGCAAAGUUCUUUGAAAUACGUCCAUUAAAAUUUGCGCAUUAAUGUUGGAAUAAAAUAACAGAAAUACGUAUUUCUUAGUUAGUUUGAAUAUUUAUUUUUUUAUAGAAGUUUAUUGUGUGAGAUGGUGAAAAGCACUACAUCUUGGAAUUUAAAAAAUAAAAAUAAACAAAUAGCUUGCAUACUCUUAUGUCUGAUAAUGCUAAUGAAUAAUGUAAAUAUUUAUAAUUUUUUUUCAAAUAUUAUAGUAAAGGAGGGUAGUAUUGACCUCACUUCAAUUUAUUUACUAUACAAGUAAAUACGUAUGUGUAAACAUAUCGAGAAUUACUUAACAAUUUUUGCUAGCCGCUGCAAUGUUUUUUUAUUACUCUACGACGUGCUUUCGUAAUUUGAAAUUCGAGAAGGGAGCUAGUUGCAUAUUAACAUACACUCGUACAUGCAUAUUUUUUGGACUAAUUAAAAAUACAAGUAGACUUAAUUAUACUGGAACUGCAAUGCUUUUUAGUUUAAUCAGAUAGAGACGAACUUUAUUAUUUUAAUUAAAUCGGUAUUUAUUAUAAAAGCAUACAAAAUUACAUCCAAGAUAAAUUUUGAUAUUUAAUUCUAUUUUAGAAUAUACAUAUAUGGAUGUGAAGCCGUAUUUAGUAAAGUUAUUGCUGUAAUUGGAUUUUGUGAUAGAUUUCGAAAUAAAUUAAAAGUACAUUGAAACGUCUGUACACACAUACA